UUAACAAAAACUACAGAUCUAAAACUGUAAUUUGGGCAAAAAAUUUCAACAUCAGCUUGACAGUUUACGCGACAAAUUUGUAUUUCUUCAUGAUACGAGCGGCAGUUCAAAUGUUAUCAGGACUCGGGGCAGAAGAGAAAAACAGCUCCACGGCAGUCCCGGCGGCUCGGCUGAAGGUGCCUUUGACGUAAUCGGGGAUUUGGCAACUACAGGUCAUGGCCGGGGUGUAGGACAGGGAUAGUGUGGCAACCAGCGAAAUCAGUAGCAGUUAACAUCAGUGAGCAGAUUGCAAUAUAUAAAUGGGAAGCAAAGUUUACUUUCAUUAUAAUCAUACCGACUCUUGCAGGUUUGCGAGGUGGACUUCUAGGGAAAGCUACCAGUUUAUGUAUGCCAGGCCUUGGCACGAUGUAAUUGAUUUUUACUCAAAGUUGGUCAGUGGGAAUGUUUCGUUGUCACAAUUGUUUGGAACCAAGACAUGUGUUGUGUGUGAUGAUAGUAAAAUGCAACGAGAUUAUUCAGAAGUUCGUGAAUUGGAGAAUGUUUCUUCCAAAGAUAGGUUGGGGAGGUGGGCAAGAGUAACAUUCAAAAUAGUUCUUUCUUAUCAUGGGGAUUCAUUUGAUGGAUGGCAGAAGCAGCCUGGCUUGAACACAGUUCAAGGUUUAGUAGAAAAAUAUCUUGGGAGUUUUGUCGAUGAUAAGAAAGCUCAACAGCUCAAAGACAAAUGUAAACCAUUGGAAGGCUGUGCUGUUGUUGCUGGGCGCACUGACAAAGGAGUCUCUGCUCUUCAACAAGUUUGUUCAUUUUAUACUUGGAGAAAGGAUAUUAAACCUUGUGAUAUUGAAGAUGCCAUCAAUACCGCAGCACCAGGAAAGCUCAGAGUUUUAUCAGUCUCUGAGGUUUCACGCGUGUUCCAUCCUAAUUUUUCUGCCAAAUGGAGACGAUACUUAUAUAUUUUCCCCUUAAAUGAUGGGGAAGAAUGCUGUGAGAAUGAAAAGGCUGUUGUGAAUUUUGGCUCUGAUAAAAAUCAAGUGGAGCAAAUAGAUGAAUGUGACAAACACAUGGGCGAGAAGAAUAUUGAAGACUUGAUUAUUAGUGAUGACGCUGAGCUUGAAGCUGGAGAGAAACCAAAGAGCUUCAAUGUAUCCAGGGUAGAUCAACUACUAAGGAAACUUGAAGGAAAAUUACUCUCCUACAAGAUGUUUGCACGUGAUACAAAACCUUCAAGAAAUGUAGGUCCAGCAACAGAAUGUUUCAUCUACCAUGCUCGAGCCACAGAAGCCAUCUUACCAUGUUCUGACAAUGAGGGAGAAAUAAAGGUUAUGUGUGUCGAGCUUGUUGCCAAUCGAUUCCUUCGCAAGAUGGUUCGGGUGCUGGUGGCGACUUCAAUAAGAGAAGCAGCUGCAGGUGCAGAAGAUGAUGCUUUACUAAACCUAAUGGACGCUACCUGCAGACGAGCCACUGCUCCUCCAGCGCCCCCUGAUGGCCUUUGUCUUGUUGAUGUUGGCUAUUCCGAGUUUGACCAACAGGAAUGCUUCAUCAAUUAAGGAUUUAGGUUUUUCUCCACUCUCUUGGCAGAUUUCGUCAUACAUAUAUAUUAUAUAUAUGUAUAAGAAUCUCUUUUUGAUGAAAAGAAAGAGAAGAUGGGCGAAUGCUAGUAGUGAUUAACAUCAUUAACAAGGGCUUUGUCUGUAUUAGGAAGAAGGCACUGAUGUUUUACAAAGAAUGAUUCAAUUCAUCAAACAUAUAUGGCUUGCAUGUAAAACUGUGGCAUGAAUUUUAUCCCAUCUGGGAUAAUCUUCUUAGUGAUCGCAUACAUCAUUAAAAUUUUACGA